UCUGUCACAACUACUUUAUUGUAUGUCAAAACAGAACACAGUAGCAACUACGAUCAAUUUAAAGAUAAAAACUUAUUUUUUGUCACAAGUUAAUGCAUGCAUGUCAUGUUAAUAACUACCAACUACGAUCAAUUUAAAGAUAAAUUAGAGUUUAGAGGUGUUGAUAUGGAUGAUGUGAUACCACGGUGGUAUUCUAAAUUUUUUAUUAAAAGACUUGUGACACUUCGGUUUUACAUGCAGGAUCAUUUUUGAACAAGAGAAGAAUCAUUUUCAUAGGCGUUGCAGCUUGUGCAGUUGGCAUACUCAUAAUCCUCUCUAUAUUUCUCAUGAGUGGCCGCCUUCGACGAAAGCUUAUAUUAGAUAAGGUUGUCUUCUUCUGGAAGGAUAAAACAGAGAACCACGAAAACAUAGAGGCCAUUGUUAGAAAUUACGGAUCUCUUGCUCCAAAAAGAUAUAAUUUUUCUGAUAUUAAAAAUAUGACGAAAUCAUUCAGCAAUAAACUUGGUCAAGGUGGCUAUGGCGAUGUUUACAAAGGAAUGUUACCGGAUGGUCCUCUUGUAGCUGUCAAGGUCUUGAAGGAAUCUAAGGGUAACGGCGAGGAAUUUAUGAAUGAGGUGGCUAAUAUUAGCAGAACAUCCCAUGUAAAUAUAGUCACUCUUCUUGGAUUUUGUUGCGAGAGAAAUAAAAGAGCUCUAAUUUAUGAAUUCAUGCCUAACGGGUCUUUAGAUAAGUUUAUAUAUGAUCAAGAAUCAAGUAUGAACCUAAAAAUGGCAUGGAAGACAAAGUUUCAAAUUGCAGUUGGAAUUGCAAGAGGACUAGAGUAUUUACACAGAGGUUGUAGCAUCAGGAUUGUACAUUUUGACAUAAAACCUCAAAACAUUCUUUUGAAUGAAGACUUUUGCCCAAAGAUAUCUGAUUUUGGGCUUGCUAAACAAUCCAAAAAUAAGGAAAGUAUCAUAUCAAUGUUGGAUGCAAGAGGAACUAUUGGUUAUAUUGCUCCGGAAGUAUAUAACAGAAACUUUGGAGAAGUCUCUCACAAAUCAGACGUCUAUAGUUAUGGAAUGAUGAUUCUUGAAAUGGUGGGAGGAAGAAAGAAUAUUGAUGUUACAGCAUCUCGCACCGAUGAAAUAUAUUCUCCACAUUGGUUAUUCAAGCACCCUGAACCAGGCAAAGAAGAGGACUUUAAACUUCAUGGGGUUGUUAUUGAAGAGGAAGAAGAGAUGGCAAAGAAGAUGAUCAUCGUAAGCUCGUGGUGCAUUCAAACUUUUCCGUCUGAUAGACCGUCAAUGACUAAGGUUGUGGAAAUGUUGGAAGGUAGCCUAGAAAACUUGCAAAUUCCACCGAAACCUUCAACGUCUUCUCCAACAAUGUCGCCGCCUAAGCACUUCCCCUGCAACAUCACCAACAUAAACUUGAAUCACAGGAAGAAAACCAGCGGUAAGCCGGGUGAUAUGUGA